UGGUUCGUAUAUUUUUGUUAUGCUUGUUGUUUUUGUUUUGGAAAAUGGAUCAACAACUUACACUGAAAAGACUCCAAGAUCGCCAAUAUAUGGAGGUGGAGGGUUUGUUGCAGUCCAUGGAUAUGCCAAGCAGUGGCAGUGGCGAUUUAUUUGACGGCCCCUUACCAUUGGGGGCGGGACGUCAACGUUGCUACACAAUGCCCCAUGUACCACCACCAGCACCGCCCUCCACGCCCACGCUACUCACUAACAACACCACCAUCACCACCACCACCAACAACACCACCAUCAUCGGCAGCACCGCCGCCGGUCACUCGACGAGUGUCAAUUUGAAUGGGAGCAGUAGCAAUAAUGGCACUUGCAAUAGCUCACCCACCUGCUCCACAGGCAGUUUGGUGCCUGUUGAUAAUCAAAUUAAUCACUUCAUCUAUGUGAAGAAUGGCAAACGACGACCUGGACGCUGCGUUGACUCUGAGCUGUCAAAGCUUUUCAAUGCGGUGUCCAUAACAAAUCGUUUGAGUGAUCUCAAGAAUCGAGCCAGCACGCGAGGCAUACUGAAUGCCUCGCGCACCAUAUCCAAGCUCCAUGCUGGCUCGACGACGGGCACAAAGAUCUUUAAAAUUCAUCGCGAUCCAAAAGAUUUUCUACGCGAAACCGAUGAGGAUUCCGUCUCAGCGCCCGAAUAUGAUGAAGAGCAAGAGGAUACCCGCUAUCGUUUCCUAUGGCGGACACGAACAUGUCGUCGUCGGUCCCGUAUGGAACGCAAAUUUGCCCGCUUCGAGCAUCAUGAGCGCAUGGAGACCAUUGUCGACAGUUUUGAUGCGGCCAUGAGGUUUACCGAUGCCGACACCUGAGAGGUUCGGUCCGGUCAGAUCGGUAUAAAGUUGAUGCAGAUGAUUUUUUGGUUGGCCGCCAGCAAACCAGCAAUGUGAUGAAUGUGAAUUUCAAAACUAAAUUAUUUUUAUUACUACAAAACAAAAACAAACAAAACAAAACAAAAAAAAAACACAAAAACAAACAAAACAAGCAACAAACAAAAAAAAAAAAGAACUACUAUUAUUACGAUUAUGAUUAUUACCGCGAUUAUCGACUACCACGAACCGUACUCUGCUGUUCUCUCCAUUACAUUUAGUUGUCCUUGUCCCACAAGGACGAGCAUUUAGUUUAGUUUUCUUAGUUUUUAUUGCCUCUGAUGGCGGAGCAGAUAGAACCGAACCGAUGGAUGGGUCACCGACUUUAGUAUUUUUUGCUCCAUUGAGAAACAACAAAACAAAACAAACAAAAAACCGAAAUGAAACGAUUCCAAUAAUAAAACACAAAAUGCACAAAAACAAUGUGUUGUACUUUGUGAAAAGAAGGUAAAA